GUUGUGUAUGCCACUUGUUAUUCGGUAUUGUGAUAAGUUUUGUGAAUUUUAAUAAUAUCGUAAGAAAAAUGAACACUUUUAUACAAAAGGUUAUCGAUUUACGUGAAUCGAGCACCAUGUGGUUGUUGGUUCUUACCAUAUUGUCGGCCGUACUAGUGAUGACGAUUGUGUUGAGAUUUAACGGCAGGCGAAGAAGAAUAUUAGCCAGCCAAAUACCCGGCCCGGACGGGUUGCCCAUUAUUGGUUUGCUGCCGCUAUUCCUACAGGAACCUGAAAAACUUAUGAAAUGUGGAAUGCAAGUAUACCGAAUGUAUGACAAGUCUUUAUUCAGAGUUUGGUUAUUCAAUAUAUUAUUUAUUGUGCUCACCCAGCCUGAAGAAAUAGAAUUCGUUUUGACCAAUCCAAAGUUGAUUAAGAAAGCGGCGGAAUACAAGGUUCUGCGUGAAUCUAUUAUGGGACAAGGAAUAUUUAGCAUCGAAGAUACUAAGAAAUGGAAGCAUAACAGGAAAUUAGUAUCCGGAGCAUUUAGUUUUUCUAUUAUAAAAUCAUUUAUUCCAUUAUUUUACGAAGAAACUAUUGUUCUCAACAAUAUACUUCAAACGAAAUGCGAUUCGUCGAAUGAAUUCGACAUAAGCAUGCCUAUAAGUAUGGCUACAAUGGAAAUGAUAGGCAAAACAGCUCUGGAUGUAAAAUUCAACGCUCAAAAUGGCGGCCAUCAUAGAUUUGUUGAAAACUUACAAACGACCAUGACAGUAUGGGAGUACCGAGUAACACAUCCGUGGUACUUAAGCAAUACAUUAUUCCAGUUCUCGAGUGUUAAAAAAAAUCAUGACCAAAGCCAAAAAAUCAUAAACGAAUUCAUUGACGAAAUAAUUUCUCAAAAACUCAACGAACUGAACGUGAAUAAUUCUAGUGACAAGAAUAAAUCAUUUGUCAACGAUGAAGACAUUUACCCACGAAAGACAAAGUCAUUGAUAGAAAUUCUUCUAGGAAAUUAUCAUGAAAUUUCACAUAAACAAAUACGAGAUGAGCUUGCAACGAUUAUGAUAGGAGGACAAGAAACAACUGCAAUGACAAAUGCCUGUGUUAUUUUCAUGUUGGCUCAUCACGAAGAUGUUCAAAACAAGGUGUAUGAGGAAUUACAGUCGAUAUUUUCGGUCGGGGAUUAUACGAGAGCACCUACUUAUGAAGAUUUGCAACAAAUGGAAUAUCUCGAACGAGUUAUCAAAGAGACGUUGCGUCUUUUUCCACCGUUGCCGAUUUUUGGCAGAAGUUUGGAGGAAGAAAUGAAAAUUGGAAAUUAUUUAUGUCCAGCAGGUUCAACAAUAUUUAUCAGUCCACUUUUUAUGCAAUCGAACCCGCAGUAUUACCCGGAUCCGGAAAAGUUUAACCCGGACAACUUCUUGCCGGACGCGUGCCAUAAUCGACAUCCAUAUGCCUUUAUACCGUUCAGCGCAGGGUAUAGAAAUUGUAUUGGGAUCAAGUACGCCAUGUUUCAAAUCAAAACAGUCGUUUCGACACUGAUACGAAGAAAUACGUUUGCCCCGUCAAGCAAAUGUCCGACACCGGAACACCUAAGAUUAAUGUUCUUGUCGACGCUCAAAUUUGUCGAUGGUUGUUACGUUAAAAUAUUACCAAGGACCUUAAGUACUGCAGGCAUAAAUGAAAAUCCUAACGUACCUGCGUAAAAUUCUUGAAAGAACUGAAUGUCUAUUGAUAUCAUUGUUUUUACUCAAAUCAUUGAACAACUAUUUUCAUCGUGUUUUGUGAGACGGCCGAUUAUCGGCGCUAUGCCAAUACUUCGGGAAAAUAGUAUUUUUAGUUUAAAUUAGUAUCGAUUGAUGAAUGCAUAUAUUAGUUUUGAAUUGACACCGGACUACCGGUUGCACGCCAAAUGGUUACAUACAGAUAAAUCGUUUAGUUAUAAUACAGUUAAAUAUUAGAAAGUACUUAUUUCAGGAAAACUAGUUUCCCUGCACCGAAACUGAUUGAUUUUUUUUUUUUUUUAUUUUAUCAAAUUACAACCAUUUCGUUUUAAGUAAAUCAGUUCUUAUUUUUAACUUGAGUUUCGUUCCACUUAUUUUUCUGGAUCAUACAACAUCAUUUAAAACUUCUAUAAUAUUACAUAAGGACAAUAUCCCAUAGGCUGAUGCUGCCGAAGGUAGAUUAUUUUGAAUAUGAAAAAAAAAA